CGCUAAAAUCCACUAUAAACAGUUACAUUAUUGACAGAUAAGUAGUGACAAGAACUAUCACUUGGUGCAUGCAAUAACUUCUCUGAACCAUGGAGUUUCUGCCUGUGCUAGAUCCACUUGAUCACCCUAAAGUAGGAAUAUGGUACUCAUUAAUCCCCAGCGGGAGUGCUCCAGGAGUUAGUGUGGGACAUAACUGUGUGCUCCUUCCAUCCAAAGUUGGAGGACGAGGAAAAAUUCUGAUUGUUGGUGGAGCCAAUCCGAGUGGAAGCUUUUCAGAUACCUACGCCAUAAACCUGGAUGACUACGAAUGGAACACUUUGGAGUGGAAAUGUUUAAAGCCUCGUUAUGAACACUGCACCUUUGUAACAGAGAGCAACCCGCAGACCUUGUGGGUGUUUGGUGGAGCACAGCAGUGUGGCAAUCGCAACUGUCUACAAAGCAUAGAUCUCAAUGAUGAUGUGCCUCAGUGGAACAGUAUUGUGGUAAAAGGGGAGCCACCAAGUGCCAGGACAUACCACACAAAUUCAGCCUGCAUUGGGGACCGAUUAUAUGUCUUUUCUGGUGGGGAAUCAGGAGCUGUACCUGUUUCAGACUCGAGGCUUCACGUCUUUGACACAGAAUCUUCCACUUGGUCUCAGCCAGAGACAGAAGGCAGACAGCCUGCAGCCAGACAUGGACACAUUAUUGUGGCCGUUGGUUCUACAAUCUACAUUCAUGGAGGGAUGGCUGGAGAUAAAUUUUACAAUGACAUGUACUCUAUUGACUCAAUGAGAUUGAAAUGGGAGAAAGUUCGGACCAAAGGAGAUAUCCCACCUGGAGUAGCCGCCCACUCAGCUGUGGUUUUGGGGCCUAAUAUUUACAUCUUCGGGGGGUUGACUGCAGAUGGCGCUAUCAAUUCUAUGCACAAAUUCAACACAGAAAGAAAACAAUGGGUCUUAGUUAAAUUUGAAGGAGACUUGCCACCUAACCGCCUGGACCAUUCCAUGUGUCUGAUACCCUGGCAGCUACAUGGCGAGAAGAAUGGAGACAAACAACAGGCCCAUAAAUCAGAAGCCUCUGACAUCAUCAAUCUAGCUUUUGUGUUUGGAGGGAUGGACACACAUGGUGUAAUACAUAAUGACUGUGUUGUAACUGUGGUGAAGUGAUACGUUUUUGAUGGAGUUUAAUACACAUUUUUUAAAUAA